AGCAUGCAGGUGAUAACGUGCGCGUUGUUUACGCUCGUCACUCUCCCUAUCAGCGCCGCAUGGGAGGGUGACUCCUGCCCCGCCGUGUGCGAGUGCUCCGAGUGGAAGACUCUCACUAUCUCUUGCUUUGACAUUGAUAUUCUCCCCAGGUUCCCAGCGAGCACGGAGACGCUGUGGCUUUUUGAGACCCGUCUGCCGUCUGUGCCGGCGGAUGCCUUUGCCAACAUGGUCAACAUCUCGAGAAUAUAUAUAUCUGUGGACAUGAUGCUGCAGAGGCUGGAGAAGCACUCGUUCUACAGCCUGAGGAAAAUCACCCACAUUGAAAUUCGGAAUGCAAAAAGUCUGACCUACAUUGACCCAGAAGCCUUUAAACAUCUCCCAGAGCUCAUGUACCUGGGGAUUUUCAAUACUGGUCUUACUUUCUUCCCUGAUUUGAGCAACAUCCAUGCUAAUAACAUGAACUUCAUCCUGGAAAUUGUUGAUCACCCCUACAUCACCGAGAUCCCAGCCAACUCAUUCUGUGGCAUCACCAGCAAAAUGCUGACAGUCAUGCUGUAUGGAAACGGCCUCAGAGCCGUACAGCAUCACGCCUUCAAUGGGACAAAGUUAGAUCAAGUCGACCUUCACAGGAAUAAGUAUUUAACCAAGAUGGAUGACAGAGCAUUUGCGGGAACUAUCAGCGGCCCCAUUUUUCUAGAUGUGUCCCAGACAGGGAUCACCUCCCUGCCAACCACUGGCAUGGAUUCUGUCCGGGAGUUGAAGGCACGUGAUGCCUGGGCCCUCAAGAAACUGCCCCCAAUCAAGACCUUUAAGCACCUCACCAUCGCCAACCUCACAUACCCCAGCCACUGCUGCGGCUUCAAAAACCUUAAAAAGAAACGAGGCUUUUUGGAGUACAUCAUCUGUAAUCUUACUGCUUUGUACGACCAGCAUCACAAGCGCUCUGUGGGGCCCCUUCGCAUGCCUUCCCUCCAUGGGGACAGUGUUAUGGAAACGGUCCCAGACCAGGAGCCAAAAGAUGGAGGUCACAGAGAGUCCCAGCAAGACUGGAAGAGAGGUGACUUCCACAGCAGCCUCCACUACCACGCCUACUUUGGAGGCCACCCAGAUGAGGAUGUGGGUUUCGGAGAGACCCUGAAGAACCCCCAGGAGGACAACAGUCAAGAGUUUGACAGUCGUUACGAUUAUGUGGUGUGUGAGGAGGGAGAGGAGGUGGAGUGUGCACCAGUGCCCGAUGAGUUCAAUCCUUGUGAGGACAUAAUGGGUUUUGGCUUCUUGCGGGUGUCUGUGUGGUUUGUGAGUUUACUGGCUGUUCUGGGAAACGUGGUGGUGCUCCUGGUUCUCCUCACCAGCCACUACAAGCUCUCGGUCUCCCGGUUUCUCAUGUGCCACCUGGCCUUUGCAGAUCUGUGCAUGGGAAUUUAUCUGCUACUCAUCGCCUCUGUAGACCUCCACACGCGAGCCGAAUACUUCAACCACGCCAUAGACUGGCAGACGGGCCCCGGUUGUGAACUUGCUGGGUUUUUCACAGUCUUCGCCAGCGAACUGUCCGUCUACACUUUGACAACGAUCACUCUCGAGAGGUGGUACGCCAUCACCUUUGCCAUGCGACUGGAUCGCAAGCUGCACCUGCACCACGCAGCAGCUGUCAUGCUAGGUGGCUGGAUCUUCUGCAUCCUCCUGGCCUUGCUCCCAUUGGUUGGCGUGAGCAGUUACCAGAAGGUCAGCAUCUGCCUCCCCAUGGACACCCAAUCCACAGCGGCUCAGGUCUACAUCAUGUCAGUGCUGGUCCUCAACAUCCUAGCAUUUUUUAUCAUCUGCGCUUGCUACUUCAAGAUCUACUGCACGGUGCACAACCCUCACUACCACUCUGGAUCCAAGGAUACCAACAUUGCCAAGCGCAUGGCUGUCCUCAUCUUCACUGACUUCUUGUGCAUGGCGCCAAUUUCAUUCUACGCCAUAUCAGCCGUGCUGGACCGGCCGCUCAUUACUGUGUCCAACUCCAAGAUUUUAUUGGUGCUCUUCUACCCGCUCAAUUCCUGCGCCAACCCGUUCCUCUAUGCCAUCUUCACUAAAGCUUUCAGGGGAGACAUAUUCAUCCUUCUCAGUAAAGUGGGCCUGUGUCAGCAGCGAGCACAGCUGUUCAGAGGCCAGACAGUCUCGUCGAAGGGCAGCAGCGGGACAUCUCAGACAAAGAAAGACAAGGAUAAAGGUCGGAAAGGAGGGAGCAUGGGCCAGGAAGAAGUGCCUAUCCGCCUGAAAAAAUGCUCUGAACAUACCUACCACCAAGCAAUCAGCCAAGAGACAAAUCCCGAAGAGAGCCAGAGGUUAGACACCUGAGGCCGGCUGAAGGUAGUAAAGCAAGACAGGCUCAGGUGAGAGAGGAGAGGCCUUCAAGUGUUUGUGGACAGAUGUGUUUGGAUAUUUAACAGAGAACUCCAGUAUUCUGUAUCUGCUUCAGUUUUCAGGCUGAGUUCAGCUGUUUUCACAAUUUCGCCUGUGAUGAUUUUAUGGUUCCAGUUGUUGGGGAAUAUCAAGUGUCACUGAAAUAUGAGCCUGACUUCAUCUCACUUAUACUCCUUUGCACUCCGAUGGACCGGCUAGAGCAGAAAAGAGAUCAUUUUAAGGAAAAAACAGGAAGGAUUAACACUCAUUUAUUUGUUUUCAGUAUCUUAGUUAUGCAUUGAGACUGAUGCAAAAUGUGUGCACGCAGUCUGGCACUGAGAGAUGGGGAGAUUAUCUAAAGUACUUCAGCUUCCAGUGAUAUGAAGACUUUUCUGAGGAACACUGUUUAUAUGUGAUUAUUGUGUUCAAGGACAGCCUGCUGGUUCAGUGGCGUUCAACAGUGGAAACUAUAUGCAGUUUAUGAAAACAGAACAACACAUCUUUUUGUAUUAAUACCUCUGUAUAUACUGUAAAUGUGUGAGAAUGUUUGGGGAUUUAUAAAAGAAAACGGAACACGUUUCCUAUCAAUAUUUUUUGGAUUUCCUUUCGAAGUACAUGUGGUAAUUCCGGUACUUUACUGUGAUGUUGGAAAGUGUUUUUCCCUUGCAAAACAAAUGUGCAUUUAUUUGCAUAUACCAACAACAAACUGAUGUAUCACUGAAUUAGAGUCAUAAAAUAUCUGUCUGCUUUUUCUCAGUGUGUGAUUCACUUUUCUUUGACGUUACCAAACACGGUUGCUAACUCAUU